AUUUUGUCUUUCUGGACCUGUUAUAAUCCACAAUGACUUCCUUAGUCUUGUUGGUGUUCAGGUCAAGAUUGUCAUCUGAACACCACCACUCACAAAUCUGUCACUCCUCAUCUACAGUAGCUGUCCCUCUCUCCCUGUAUCCUUUCAUCCAUCCACCCCCCUCCCACCAGACACCCAUAAGCCUCUUUCAGUCCCCCUCCACGCCCACUCCCGGCCCAUCCCCACUUCAGUCCCUGCUCCCCCCGCCAGUCGGCCAUAUGGCAUGUUCUUGCACGUACUGCGGUACAGAGGUGGACUGAACCAUUGUGCAUACGGUGGGUGGGUGCCAGCAGGGAAGAGUGCUGCAGAGAAAGAAGGAGGGAGAGGUGGAGAGAGGCAGUAUUAUCCCUUGCUGUGCUAAUCCCUCAGUCCUGUCUCUUUAUGUUGAUUCCCUUUGCAUAUUUGCUGGAGAAACUCCAGAUGAGAAUUUUGAGGCUAUGAAUGGUGUUGAAGGCAGAGUCGUGAGGUUUGGACACUAUCAAAUGGAUGUAAACUUCAGUUUGACUCUUCUGGACUGAAAGAUGAGAUCUGACCAGACUCUAAAGUCACUACCAGGGCCACCACAACAAUGAAAACCAGAAACUGACACAUACAUUUUACUACAUGAAGAAUUUCCACCUAGAAAUAAUUUCUAAUCAGAAUAUCUGAUCUUUUCUUGGAAAUCACAACUGAAUAAGCUGCACUGCACAGCAAAGUAUUUGAAUUUGCACCUCAUCAUUAUCACCACACACCAUUGUUCACUAACUAAAAUCCAGUCAGAGGAACACAGUCAUUGGAACCAAAAGCUAUGAGACUAGCAUCACUGGCAUUUUUAGCCAACUUAUUCUUGUGUAAAAGAUCUAAGUGUCAUUUUGUCUCAAUCACUUGCUUCUAAAAUUUAACACAAGACUGACAAGCCAGACAACAGCCUUCUACUAAAAUUAGCAAUCAGCCUAGCAGGCUUAGUAAGCCAAAAUGGCUGAUCAGGGGGUUGACAGCUAUGGGACCUAUGGAGAGGGUGGUGGCUAUAAUGGAUGUGGCUACCAAGCAGAUUACCCUCCCCAGGAAGAGGACGCAGCCAGUGAUGUGACUGAAGGACAUGAUGAAGAGGAUCAGAUGUAUGAAGGAGAAUAUCAAGGGAUACCACAUCCUGAUGAGGUGAAGGCUGCACAUAGAGCUGCACGAGCUAAAGCUCGAGCUGCUGGAAAUGCAGUUUCUGAACUAGAAGAAUUAUCUCAACAAUAUGAAGACAUCAUGGAGGACUGUGGCCACGGGAAGUUCCAGUGGACCCUUUUUGUGGUGCUGGGCUUGGCUCUCAUGGCUGACGGAGUUGAAUGUUUUGUGGUCGCAUUUGUUCUGCCAUCUGCAGAAAAGGAUCUGUGUCUGUCCAAUGCAGAGAAAGGGAUGCUAGGUCUAAUUGUCUUCCUGAGCAUGAUGGUGGGAGCGUUUGUGUGGGGCGGCCUAGCAGAUAAAGUCGGCCGUCGGCGUUGUCUGAUCGAGGCAUUAGCUAUUAACUGUGUUUUUGGCUUCCUGUCCUCGUUCGCUCAGGGCUAUGGCUUCUUCCUCUUCUUCAGACUGCUGUCUGGCAUUGGCAUUGGGGGUACAGUGCCGAUUGUGUACUCGUACUUCUCUGAGUUUCUUCAGAUGGACAAGAGAGGUGAGCAUCUGUCCUGGUUGUGUAUGUUUUGGAUGAUUGGUGCAAUCUACGCUUCGUUCACUGCCUGGUGCAUCAUACCAAGAUAUGGCUGGGGCUUCACUAUGGGCACAGAGUUCCAGUUCCACAGCUGGAGGGUAUUCGUCCUGGCUGCAGCUUGUCCUGCUAUCGCCUCCCUGGUUGGACUGACCUUCAUGCCUGAGAGCCCCCGCUUCCUCCUGGAGCAGAAUGCCAAGCAUGAUGAAGCGUGGAUGAUCCUGAAGCAGGUUCAUGACACCAACUGGAGGGCCAAAGGGCAGCCAGAGAAAGUUUUUACUGUGACUCACAUCAAGGCUCCUAAGACAGCAGAGGAUGAGUUUAUUGAGAUUCAGAGCCCUACAGGAACAGCUGUACAACGAUGGGCUGUACGCUCAUUAACACUCUGUAAACUGGUGUUGAGGAACAUGACAUCUCUUCUGUCUGCAGAGCUGAGGUUUGCCACACUUUUCAUGGCCAUCAUCUGGUUCUGCAUGGCUUUCAGCUACUAUGGUCUGUCUGUUUGGUUCCCUGACAUGAUCAAACACUUUCAGUUUGAGGAGUACGAAUCCAAAGUCAAGGUGUUCCAUAAAGAACGAGUGGAGAACUUCCAUUUUAACUUUUCUUUGGAGAACCAAAUCCAUAAAGAAGGGGAAUACAUCCAUGACAAGUUCAUCAGUAUAGAGAUGAAGUCAGUCAAGUUUGAGGACUCACUGUUUGAAGACUGUCGCUUUGAGGAUAUCAAGUCCACAGACACAGUGUUUGAGAACUGCACCAUCCACUCCACAGUCUUCUAUAACACAGACCUGUGGGAGGAGAGGUUCAUCAACUGUUGGAUGGAGAACACCACCUUUGUGCACAACAAACAUGGCUGCCACCUGGACACUGAGGAGGAGAAUGAUGUUCUCAUUUACCUGGUUAGCUUCCUGGGCAGUCUGGCAGUGUUGCCAGGCAACAUCAUCUCAGCCCUGUUCAUGGACAAAAUUGGCAGGAUGAAGAUCAUAGGUGGCUCCAUGCUCAUUUCAGCAGGCUGCAGCUUCUUCCUGUUUCUGGGUUUCAGCCAAUCGGCGAUCAUUGCCCUACAGUGUCUGUUCUGUGGUGUCAGUGUAGCUGCAUGGAAUGGCAUUGAGGUGGUGACCGUGGAGCUGUACCCUGCUUCAAAAAGGGCCACAGCGUUUGGUGUGUUGAAUGCUUUGUGUAAGCUGGCAGCAGUCCUCGGCAGCUCUAUCUUUGCCAGCUUUGUGGGCAUCACAGAAGUCAUCCCCAUCCUGCUGUCCUUCACUGCACUGGUGUGUGGCGGCCUGGUGGCCCUCAGAUUGCCUGACACACGAGAGAAAAUCCUCCUGUGAGGUUAUGUGAGAUCCAGGUGUGGUUGUUCCAUUAAAGAGGUGGUAUUAUGGCCCUUUUUGACCCAUUUAUAUGUGACAUUUUAUUCACCCAAAGUUGAUUAGCUUUCUCUAAAUCCAUCUUUAGAAACAGCCCAGAUUCCCAUCUGGCCCCUAGCUGGCUGUUUCAGAAGUCAUUAGCAUAAAAUGCACAUUAUUCAUAAGCACCUACUAUGAUUGGCUAGAGGUGAUGAUUCAUCAUCCCCAUCCCCCGAAUCAGAAUAGACUAAUGCUAGACCUCCUUCAGUUGCUGUCAUCCUUUACCUAGAAUAAUGGCUACAGCUGAAACCAUAGACACUAUAUGGAGAUACAGUAUGUGACCCAGAGUCUGAUCCUGAAUGGGGAGGAGAGGGACCUGCUACUGCAGAAUUAAUUGGAUGGAAGAUGUUGUGAUUGCUGCUGUAUUGGCGGAAUUAAUUUCACUACUUAUGAAAUGCUUGUGGUUGCACGCCGUGUGUUGCGUUUGGGAGAAAAAGACCGUUUGGCUGCUGGUACACCCCCCAACUGAGCAGCAGCCAGGGGCCUGAGACCUUGCCACCCAUGAUGUAUGGAGAACUUAUAGGGAGAGCUUACUGGGGUCUUCAGGACUACCACCGAGUGCAGGACAGGGUGGAGAGCUACCUGCAUGCCCGCUGGAUGACUGUGGCCAGCCCCAGUCGUACCGCUCAGAAGCCUGGGAACAUGAGCCUGCAGUACUUGUUGGUUUUUUUGGAAUAUCUUACUUGUUCUUCACUAACCUAAGGAAAUAAUUUGUUAUUUUACUACUCGUGGAACAUGAUUCACCUGAUGUGACAGGCUUCCUCUUGAACGACAAGAGCCUGUGUAGUGAGAUGCUGGUACACAGCGCCGUGGGGAGCAGUCAGGAGUCAGAGCCUGUGCUGCCUUUGAGACAUCAAACCCAGGGAGACGCUGCUGAACACUGAUGAAUUUAAUCCAGCUGCUGUGGAGGAUGUGGCAGCAAGUGUUUGGUUAAAAUCUCCUUGGUUGCUAACAAAGAAGCUGUUUAGAUUAAAUGUUGUUUGUGUGGAGAGAGAGAGAAGUCCAUCUAUGGAUGAGAAACACUAGUGUUUGUUCCCUAAAUAAUUCUGAAUUCAUCCAAAAUAUCAGGCUGAACUUCCUAAAAAUUAAACUAUGCUGGUGUGAAACAGCUGCGGUUCCCAAAAUAAGAUAUUUUUUUAUUGUGUCAGCCUAAUAUUUAAUUACAAAAAAGAGGAUUAAUUCUGUUACACACACACACACACACACACACACACACACACACAGCGACCACUGAAACAUAUGUGCUUAAAGUCACCAUACUGUGGAGACAAGGAGGGGAUGGGGCAGGUUAAAAAGAAUUAUUCCUUAAAUCUAACUAAACUAUUGAUGGUAAAGUAAAUCCCUGUGAAUUAAAAUCCUUACACCUGUCAGCCAGUGUCUAUGGCCUGCUGGUCAGUCCCCAUAAAACCCCUUUGAGGUGCCUUGUCUAGUCUGUGAGGGUGCUGGGGCUCUGACCUGUUGCUGUGAAGAGCCUAAUAUAAUCCUUUGAUGAUGAUAUGAAAACAUGAUGGCCAACUUGAUCCCAUGAAAAACCAGUUUUAGUGUUGCCAGAUGUGAUUUUAUGACUUGCAGGUGUGCGGUUGUAUAUUAAUGAUAUUGUCUGGAAAACAACGUGGAUGGCUCAGCUGUGUCAAGCUAGGUGUUCAAAGGGGGUGUGGUCAAAAGCCAUAAAUCAAUCUGGUUCACACCUAAGAUUGACAGGCGUUGACCUUUAUUACUGUCUGGUGCCAUUUGAAUGCUGCUCACUCUCGAGGCAGGAGAUUUAAAAAUUUUCACAACUUAAAAAGAGUGCAAUAAUAAUUUGACAACAACAUAAGACCGCCACCAUCACCCCGAUCCAUCUCAAGGUUUAUUUCUUUGUUUGUUUUCCAUCAUACCACCUCUUUAAUAAUGGCAGGAAGAGGAGUUGGCUUUAGGUGUACACAGGUUUCACUGUUCUAAAAUGAGACUGAUACCAAGUUUAUUUCUGCUCGAGAAAUGUGAUUUUUUGCUAAGGCAAUAAAUCUAUUAAGACCCCCUGAAUUCACUGACCACGUGAUGAGGAUGUGACUGAGGAUUAAGGAUUUCUGCGUGUGUCAAUCCUCCUUGAUGCUUAAAUCACACAAUCUGUCUUCUGCUGCUUGUUUUUCCACCAGUAGUUCUCUGCAUGAUGGGGAGUGAUGUCAGAUAUCGGCCACAUUUCUUUUGUGUCUGGCACAACACUGACACAGUGUUGUGUUUCUCAUGCGUUAUAGAAAAGAGGGGCUUUAACUAGUGUUAGUGUUUCUUUUUAGUGGGCCUAGCUGUGAUGUGGUUGACAUAGGACUGGAUGGCCAAAACGCAGCUUUGUCCCAUAAGCUAAUUAACCCCCUGAAAAGAAAAGAAAAGUUCUUUGCCUCCCUCAACUGGCACCCAUAGAAUUCACUGACAGUUCAGUAACUCAGAGGCAGUGGUGUUGUUAGAAGUGAAGCUACUUACUCAUGUCUUGAGGUGUGUCUCUCAUGCUGUAUGUUUUGGUUUUGCAUGAACAUCAUCACCUCUUCCUGUACAGGGACUUGACUUACACAGAUAAAAUCCAUCCGAGGUGAAAUGUGUAGAUGUACUUACCAUCUCUGACCUGGAGUUUUGGAGUAGGAUGUUUUUUUUUUGACAGUAACACAUAGAGAAGGCCCUGAUGAACAACAUUUGGUCUCUUGGACGUCUUAUUAUUGCUCUUUUUCUCUCAUGCUUGUUCUGGGCCUUAACAGAAUUGCACCACCUUGUGGACAAAACUGUGAAUCACAGCUGCUUUGGUCUUUACAGUGCAGUGGGACAACACACUGCUUUCACCAUGUUAAAAAGAUUAUGAAAAAGUUCAUGAAUUUAAAAUUACAAUAGUGUGAAUUUUUAUUUGAUGCUAUAAAUAAAGUCAUUACUUGCUGCAAGUGUAACUGCCAUUUAGCAUGCAGGCGACGCACACAAAAUGACCUAAAGCAAGUUAAAUGAAGGCAAAUUGGGGAAAACCAUAAUGAAAAACUUGUGGACUGAACAAUAAAUUGCCAGAUGAUAAGUGAUAAAGUCAGAAAGGGCAUGUAUUAAAGUAAAACUUUACUCCUGCAGGCUGUGUUUAAUUUAAAUUAACAAUCCAACAUCAGGCAAAAUUUACUCAGUCUCACUUACCAGCCCUCGAAGUACUCUAUUUUAACCCAAACCAUUAUCUUUUUUUUUUAAACUAAUCAAGGUUUCUGUGCUUAAACUUAAACAAACCUUUACUCCAAUAGUGUCACAUCAUUAAAGGGUUAGUCAUUUCAUUUUCAGCACUAUGUUUGAACCAUGUGUCUGUGGCAGAUGUCCUGACACCAUGGGAGUGUUAAAUCAGGAAACAUUCCUAUUUGCCAUAUCAGAGAGUAAAAGUUAAAGGGUUGUUUGGGUUUGAGAACUUGUUGGAAGCUACAGAUAUAGUAUGUCUGCACUGACAGUUGUCAGAUACUAAAACUCGGCAGAUAUUAGCUUCUACUGUUGGCAGGAAAUGUCUCUGUAGCUACAUCUGGAAGAGUUCAGUCAAUUAUUGGGUGUGGUGCCCCGACAUAAUAAAUGGCAAUUUCAACGCUAGUGAUUACCGACAGCUUGCAGGACCCUGCUGUGAAACCAGGUCACUCCACAAAUAACUAUUUCAAAUAGCUUCAUUAUCUAUUCACGUUGAUUUUCAUGGGUUCAUCUUUUGUCAGUGUGACAUACUUGUCUUCCUUUCUUUCUUUAUUGCACCACAGAGACUUUGCCAUUUCUCCCUAUCAGCACUCUCAUAAACAAAGCUCUAACCCGCUACAGGACAUUACCGGUGUAUGGAUGAUGGGUUUGUUGAUUUUUCUUGCACAGUUUGAUGGUGAAUAUGGAUUUUUUUUGCAGUGGAUUUUGUGCUGCCGCCGGUUGUUAAAUGACUGCAUGUUUGUCUAAUGUUUUCUUUUAGCAAAGUUUUAAUGUGUAUUUAACAUCAUGUGUAUGUUUAAAGCAGUCUGAGUCUUGAUUGUGUUUUCAUCAAAAACAAUAGACAGGAUUGGACUAGACUUGACUCUGUGUGAGGAGCUACAGAUAUGUUCACUGCCGUUUGUUUGAACUGAAGAUGUGUUGUUACGAACCUCCUCCCUCUGCUGCUGUUUGCUUUUCUUUGAUCAAACUUCAGCUGUGAAAUGUUUACUGUCUCACUGUUAGAUGAGAAAGUCCUUGAUAGACUUUAGCUUUGUCUGGCACUAUUCAUAGUUGUUUCUGUGACAUUUCAUUCAUCAGAGGAGGAGAGGAGGAG